CGGAAAUGAACGAUCCUUGGUAAACACAGGCCAUGACAGUUCAAUUUCACAAGUUAUGCCUCAUGACACAAUUCAGAAAGAUAACAAAUUGAAACUUCGUUUGUGAUGUCACCAACAUAUGUUUGAAAGGUGACAGCUAUAAAUAAUUCGGACUAGAAUCUCAAAAAUCCCUUCUUUAAUGGACCAGAGUGUCAUGUAAUGAUCAGAUCAACUCAAAUGGUGGCAGACUGAACUACAUCAUAACAUUCCAAGCAACAUUCCGUGAUGUUUACCCUUCCAACAAUGAUAUCAAAAGACAUCAUACUGCUGCUGAUCAUUGUUCUACUGUUGGUGCGUGGUGCGGUAUUGUUAGAGGUUGACACAGCAGUGCACAGACAGGCCCCAGGUCUUGAGUCACCAUUGAAGGUGUGGUGGGCGAAGGAAAUCACGCCAGACUUCCAUGUUGCUGGAAGACUAACUGAGAGACAGGUCAAAUAUGCUGCAGAGGCAGGGUUCCGAAGCAUUCUCUCCCUGUUCAUGUAUGAGACAGGAGAUAGUGGGAGUUUUGGUGGUGAAUAUUUGCCAACAACAGCAGAAGCCUGGGUGUCUGCUCAUAUAUCUGGAAUGCAGUAUAUAGCUCUGGUUGGUGGAAACGAUGACUGGGCCAGCAUUGCAACAAUACAGAAGUUCCAUGAUGCCUUACAGCAUCUAAAUAGACCAAUCUUGCUACACUGUGAUCGAGGUUAUACAAUCACUUUUGUUACCCUCAUGCACAUGGCCAAUCAGACAAGACACAAUUCAAGUUAUGAGCCAAAAAUUUAUAGUGAAGAUUUCUAUAAAAUAACAGCAGCCAUGGGCCUUGAUUUUACUCAUGAAGAUCUGAAACAUACCGUAUCUCAUAUAACUGGAGAGCCUUUGGUUGAAAACCCACCGAAACACAACUGUGAACCAGAAGAAUGGUUGGACUUCUGGCUUGCUCACCCUGUCUCCACAAACUGGUACGUGGGCGGACAGAUCAGGGACUGUGAUGUGGAGGUUCUGGAGACUGUCGGGUUUAAAGCCAUAGUGAAUAUGAGGAUGGGACUAACACACGACAGUAAACAUUCACAAGAACCUGUGGCAUUGUUGAAUAUUAAAGAUGGCACCACAACAUAUGGUAAUGAUACAGUUCCCCCACGUCAGGACUGGAAAACAUUGAAGGAUAACCGAAUAAACGCACAUCAUUCUUCGGCCUACAUCAGUGAGAGAUCAAGGAUUAACUUUGAGGUUGAGAAUCAUCUUGAGUUUGGCGAUGAUAUCGGCUAUAAUGAAGAAAAGGAAAAAUCUUCUGUUGGGAAGUCAUCGCUCAAAUAUUACCACAUUCCAAUACCUCCUAACCUGACAAUGACUUCAGAGACGUUCACGCAGGUGCGAUCCACACUGCUGGAGGCGGGACAGAAUGGCCCCGUUCUUCUGCACUGUUCGGAUGGGAGGAGAGUCGCAUACCUGGGUGUGCUGGCUGCAGCGGUCAGUGAGGGACGCGGGCUCGACUGGGCGCUGAAGAGGGUGGCAGAACUAGGGUUCGAAGUGAGCCCGGAUGCCAGGCCAGAUGUGUACGCCAUGUACUGUGACACUUUCAAGGAUGCGGCAACCAACAUGGGACAUGAGGAGUUGUAACACAGGCUUAAUUUAGCUCGUGUUUAAGAAUAAUAAUAGGGCCCAUCUAUUGACCUUUCAUAAAUUUAUUUAAAGUUUUUUUUUUACGAUUAUAUCUUUAUUUUUUGAUAACAUAAAUUUUAAAUAAGAAUGUUUUAAGGAUACACCGUUGGCUUGAAAUCCCUUGGCUUGAUUUCCUUGUUUGCUUGAAAUGGAUGUAAAAGACCUAUUUCUUUAUACUGAAGGUAAGCAUUCCGCUUGGCUCGAUAUUGCCAGGGCUGGAGGUUUUUUCACUGGUCCCUGGGAUUUCAAGCCAUUGACUGUAUUUCAACAUCCUUUUUUUGAAUGAUUGUAAAUAAGAAAGGCCUAUAGUUUUCACGUGGGUACUGAUCUGUGAAGUCUGAGUGUAUUGAUACUUACCUCAUACAGGUCAUAUUUAAAUUCACCAAUAUUAUACAUGAUACACUCGAUAAUUGUUUGACUUUCUGUUUUAUUAUCCAUUAUUGUACAAAGAAUAUUGUAAAAUUUGUUGAAAAUUAAAUAAAUCAUGUAGAAAUUUAUGGCAUUACCAAGAUUAAGUAUCGGUACAUCAUGUAUUAUAGCGGAAUAUAGAAACUGUGCAUACACAAACAUAGCAAUAAGCAAAUCCACCAGUAAGGCAAAUUUUUAAAGUGACACUCUCAUUCAAUAUCAAUACAUACACAUGUAUAACAGACAUUAAUUUUGACUGAUAAACCUUUAACUACUUACUAAAUAAUGCAUUUAUGGAAAAUAUUAAUUAUUGAUAACAAGAUUGUAAGCGUGUAUUUAAUAGCCGAAAACGCUAAAAUAUUAAAUGAUGGUGAAUGCUCAAAGAUUUACUGUGAUCUACUUUAGUCUCAUAAGGUAGAAAUACCAUGUUUUAUGCACAUUUCUUUCAAAUUAAAAUCGGUAUCCUUCAUAACAUCCAAUGGUUUCGACAUUUAUUGAUCCUUUCUGGAAUAUUAAAACAAUAGUAUUAAGUGUGGUAAAUAUUUUUUCGGGAGAAAGAGUGCAUCUUUUAUCUAUUUAAGUAGGACUUAGGUCACAAGCUUUGAGACAGUUCCUCUCUAUUUCACAUGCAUUUAUGUGUCAGAUGGUUGUGGUAAAUAGCAUUUUUCCUCAAACAACAUUACAGUAUAUUUGACUAUUUUCUUAUUAGCACGGUCUCUUUUUCCUGCCAUAACCCUACCCCUACAAGAAGUGUUUUGAAAUCAUACACAUGACAGUUGCAUAUGUGUUAUUGUACAUGAAGGUUUCUGGUUUAUCAUACAUUGUUCAUUAUCCUCCAACCAUGGUGUUUUAAGAAAUGUACAUGUUUUAUAUAAUGCUGAUGUUAAACCAAAAAUUUUAUUUUUUAUUUUAUUAGUGUGAUUGUGUUGUCUUUUGAUAAUGUAUGUAACGGAAGAAUGGAGGUUACUUGGUAGACUUUAUAAUUGGGCAUUUCAAUUUUGUCUUUUCUUCAUAAAAGAUUUGUCAUUGUUAUUGUCAAAGCCCUGGUGUUGUUGUUGUUGUUGUCGAGAUGUCACUUGACCAGAUCUCAUAAACUCUUCAAGGUAUUGAUUAAAUAUGUUUCACACACGUUACCACUGACACGUAAUGCAUACAUGUUUCUAAGGCCCAUAACUAUGAUCCUAAAUAAUUCUCAAGUUAUACCCCUAAAUACUUUGAAAAGCCAUAAAAAAAAGUUUAACUUGGCCAUAUCUUUAUUUCUCUUUAAAGAUAAUUAUGUGAUACCUUGUACACAACAUAACGCCCAAAUUUAUCAUAGCCCAUUAUGGCAUAUCUCUUUGAUGUAAUGUUAUGUAGUUUUGCCAGUUCUCUGACUGAAAAAUCAACAACAAAGGAGUGUUGGCAUCCGUUGCCUUGAUCUUGUCAUUACUUCUUAAAGGCAUUUAUUGAUAUUGCAGUUAAUUCAAUGGUUUCUAAUAAUUUAUUGAUCAUGUACUCAAAUUGUCCAACACGCAAUUGUGUUCCUGUUUAUUGAUGUGUGUUUAUCCGAAAAUGUGUGUGUGUAUUUUGAAUGUGUAAAAUGCUGUUACGGUAAUUGCAUUUGUGAAGAUGACACAUUUUGGUAAUUUUGCCUAAAUGUAUGCAGUAAAAGGCCUAGUUUAAGGAAUGUUUGGCAUGAUAAUCCCCUGCUGUGCAUCUCCUGCUAAUUGCACUGGUGUCACAGAAGGGGCCAAUGUCCUGUGUAUUCGUUAAUUGGCCCAGGACCAUUUAGGGUCCAUUUCUAUAAUAAAUCUUCCAAAACUGCAUAGGAGGAUACUCAGAUCGGAGAUCUGAUAAGAGGGAUCAAGGCAAGUAGAUUAAGAUCAAUAAACAGAAGUUGUGUAAUGUACACAGUUGGGUUUUUUGUUGGGGGAGGGGUCACUUAUAGAAGGCUUAAACUAGGCCUUUAAGCUUUAAUUAAAGAAUGUUAUCUCCAUAUUUGUUAAGACUUUCAACUCAUAGCUCAUUAAAAAGGAAGGCAUUAUAAAUACUGAAGUUUUAAUUUCUGAACUGUCCGUGAAAUUAUCAUUGUCAUUGACUGCGUGUAUAGCUUUUAAUUAUGUUAUUGAAAUAGUUACGCUGCCUUUUGAAGGCACAAACAUUAUAUUGUUUGUAAGCGGCUAUUAAAAUCUUAAGUGCCAUUAAAAAUGACUUACACUAAAACCAGUUUUAAGUUGUCCUCGAUGUACGGUGUGUAAUUCUUAAUUAAUUUGUUUGUGACAUUAAUUUUAUUGUUUUAAAGUACUUUUUUCAAGAAACGCCAUCAGGUAUUGUCCUGUUUUAGGUUUUCAAGUAACGCCAUCAGAUGUUGUCCUGUUUUAGCUUUUCAAGUAACGCCAUCAGGUGUUGUCCUGUUUUAGCUUUUCAAGUAACGCCAUCAGGUGUUGUCCUGUUUUAGCUUUUCAAGUAACGCCAUCAGGUGUUGUCCUGUUUUAGCUUCUCAAGUAACGCCAUCAGGUGUUGUCCUGUUUUAGCUUCUCAAGUAACGCCAUCAGGUAUUGUCCUGUUUUAGCUUCUCAAGUAACGCCAUCAUGUGUUGUCCUGCACAAACCUUAACCUUAUCAAUAGCUCAAAACCCAUUCAAAAUAAUCACUUGAAACUUAGUUUAUGUAAGUAAUAUGUGCUUGUGAUAAGUAUAAUUAUAUAACUGGCAUAUGUAAUGGCUUUUUUGGACUGAUUAGAAUUGCAAUAUUUUGUUUUAGAGCUGGUGUUUAUAUAGUUUUGAAGACUAAUGAAGGAAUGUUUGGUAUGUGAUAUCCAUGCGCCUUUGUCGUUUGCAUUUAUGUUUGCCAUCAACCAUAUAAAUUGAUUUCUAUUUUGAUGUUUUAUGCAAAAAUUACUAUUAAUUUGCAAGAAGAUUUCAUUUUGUAUUAAACAGCCAUUUACAGCGCAAUUUUUUUGAACUAUGGACUGAAUAAUUUGAUUGUAGGAAUUUGUAAAUAACGUUCAAAAAUGUUAUUUUAUACCAGUUUUUUUUUACAGUUUAUAUUGUUUUCUUGUUACGGAUGUAUCCGAAAUGUUUUGAAAACCAUGUUCAUGUUCAUGUUGUUAUAAGUUAAAUAUGAUGCAAAUGGUAUAGAGCUUUUGAAGUCUCGGUCUAUAUGUAUAUUACCCAAAAUAUCUAAUUGCUCAAAUGUUAAAGCUAUCUCAUGUACAGUGAUGUGAGUUUUAAAUGCUUGGUGACGGCAUAUUUUUGGGUAUCAUUUUAACGGGUUUUGUUAAAGGCGACUUUAUGGCUCUGGUGUGUUGGUAAACAGGCAAUUUCAUUUCCAAUUUCAUUUGAAAGUGACACUCCUACUUUAAUAAAAUCAAUACAUAUAAACAUGUAUAACAAACAUAAAUAUAAAGUCAUAAACCUUUAACUACUUAUUUAAAAAAUGCAUAAAAGGAAAAUGUUAAGUACUAGUAACAAGCUUGUAACCUUGUAUUUAUUAGCUGAAAAAACAAAAGUAUUAAAUGAUUGGUGAGUGCUAAAAGAUUUACUGUGAUCUAUUAUCGUCUCAUUAGGUAGAAAUACCAUGCUUUCUGCACCUUUCUGUCAAAUUAAACUGGGUAUCUUUCAUAAAAAAAAAAAAAUCGACAGUAAUUCAUCCUUUUGGUAUAUUAAAAAAUUGUAUUAAUUGUGGUAAAUCUUAUUUAGGAGUAAAAGUGCAUCUUUGAAAUUUUGAAUUGCAAUAACUUUAUUAUAGUGUUUUUACAUACAUGUAUAUGUUUUCAGUAUGCAAUUGCCUUUCAAAAGAUGCCAACAUUAUAAAGGGGUCACCAGGGUCACCUGGCACCAGCAUUUAACCUAAUAACCAAUGGCUCAAUCAAUGACAAUUUGAUCCUACAUCAGAUACUUUAAGUAUAUUUCGCUUUGUACACCUGCACAGGUUUAUAACUGCUCUCCGACAUUAUUUUGCAUAGAAACUGUUAUUUAAGAUAUUUGUUAGAGAUGAAACUAUUGCAACAUUAAACUGUUAUGAUAUC